GCGAGGCAGGGAGGGAAUCCAUCCGUCGUACUGAUCCCUGGAGACAGCUGAGGGGUGAUCUCACAAGCGGGCGGGAAGUGUAGGCAGUAAAGGCGAGGGUCGAUAGAUACUAAGAAGAGGAGGGAAGGAGGAGGGAGGAAGAAAAGGAGAAGAUUGAGGAGGAAGGAACGAGAGAGGAGAGAAAGUCUGCUGUUCCCGGACAGCGAGUAGAUCUCGUGACUGUGUAUGACGAAAAGAGGCAAGGAGGGGGAGAGGGGGAAGGAUAAUAACAGAGCGCAGGGAAGAAGGAUUAGAAUGGUUUUGGUUUUGGUGGCAGAGAAUAACAAUCGGUACGCGAGUAUGCAGGUACCGGAUUGCUCUCGGCUCUCAAGGAGGGAGGGAGGGAAGAAGCAGUCGAGGGCUCGGCAUCCUUGCUGUUGUCUCUGUUGUUGAUUUUGAGUACUUGCUUGCUUGAGCACAGUGCGUCUGUCUGUCUCUGUCUGUCUCUGUCUGUCUCUGUCUGUCUCUGUCUCUCUCUGUCUGUCUGUCUGUCUGUCUGUCUACACGGUGCUACAUUCAUCGUCAUCGAGCGCGCGCGAGAGCACUUUCCUUUUGGAGUACAAUUAGGGGAGGCUCUUGUUGUCCGGAAUAGGAGUGAUGAGCCAGCACCAGAUGGCAACUCCUCGGACGACCCGGUAGAGGUUGAAAGGAGGGGGAAUAACUGGUGUAAGGAGGCAUAGAAUCUCUGAGGAGAAGAACACAAACGCGACUCGCACCAACUUUUGCAAAACCUCCGAAAAGUACCCCACUCAGCGGGUGGUCUGUCGUACACGCCGUGUGUGUGUGUGUGUGUGUGUGUGUGUGUGUGAGAGAGAGAGAGAGAGAGAGAGAGAGAGAGAGAGAGAGAGAGAGAGAGAGAGAGAGAGAGGUGAGGAGGAUGAUCAAAUUGUGACACAGCUGUCAUACAGUCAGAUGUUUACUGCUGUUGGCAGAAAACGCGAGAGAUACUCGCAGUCUGUGUAUGAUUGGAUGGCAAUUAAUCGUUGACAUCCAGUCGUUGGUAGUCUUCUGAAAACUCGCCACUCUCCGAAGCGUCGUGUGUUUUAGAGAAAGGCACAGAAAGGAAGAAGGAUUAAGACGCGGAGAAGGAUACGACGGUCUCGACAGACCGCGCCGCUUCGUUAUUAGACUUCAUAUUUUCAUCCAUCCAUCCAUCCAUCCAUCCAUUCAUCCAUCCAGCCAGCAAUUGAUUAACCCGCUAGUGAAGCAGGGAGCACGUUGUGAAGCAGGACCGGAGAAUCAAUCCAUGGGGGGUUAACUCACGUUGAGACAGACAGGCGACAUGCUGACCUGUGCUGCUAUGAAUCUUGAGUGAGAUCAUGGUCGAGUGGGCUCGGUUCCAAUUACAGUCGUUAUUGUAGUCGAUUUUUCAAUCGUCGCCGCUCCGUUUUAAUUACAGUCGUUAUUGUUAUUGAUUGACCAAUUGUUCCUCCCUGCCUUCUCUUUCUGUCUUCGUCUGUCUUGCUGCUUACUGUUGAGCGAUUAUUAGGUUGUUAAGCCUUGUGAAUCAUUUUUAUAUUGCUAGAGAAACGGGGUGUGAGAAAGGCGGCGGCCUGAGUCGGAGCGCGGGAGCGCGGGAAGACGAAGGAAGGAGUAGAGGUAGAGACAGAGAUGGCGGAGAACGAAAGACGGGGAUCGCGGGAGCCAGCGACGGAGGAGCAGGUCCCGCUUGUUAGUGAUCGCGCGGGCGUCGGCGGCGCAUCGACUUGUGGGCAAGAUACCUGCUUGGAUGCGCAGCUCUCGUCACGGGGGAAAACUUUCUUCAAUAUAUUCAUCUCGUUGAUGGGUGCUGGUAUUCUGGGUCUGCCGCAUGCGUUCAAACAGAGUGGCUGGAUUGCGGGGAUCGUCGCCAUCAUAGUCGUUGCCGGAUUAUGUUACUAUUGUAUGAUUCUACUGGUUCCGCUCCUUUGCUUGGCUAUUUGCGCGACGAGGUGCGCAUCCUGACAGCCGUAGUCUGAUAUUUCCCGACUUCGGCGGCCUUUUCAUGUCACACUUUUCAACUCUAUCAUGCCGCCCUUGUGAAAUCAACUCCAGGAAAUGUG